AUGUCGAAGCCGCUGACGAAUAUUAACCCUAUUGUCAAUUCUUUGAUCGACCUUUCAGGCUCACGUCUUUUUGCUUCCUCUCUUGGAUCUUUAACGACCGAGAUCCUACUGGGCAUAGUGGUGGUGCUAACUGGAGAUUCUCCUUACCUGCUGCUGUUUGGCUUUGCCAGCUUACACAAGAGCCAGUUUGCAGUCCACUCGUCGCCAGAUUGCCUUACACUAGUGCUGACACGUUCACCAGCAGACAGGUUUUUGUACCAGUCUUUCUCACCGUGUGGAGGAAGGUGGUAUUUCAUCUUUGGUUCUGGGACUAAACUGUAUGUAACAGAGGAGCAGGUAGUGAAGCCCGUGGUGAACGUCUGCCCCAUUGAAUCCAACGUCCACCAGGAGGGGAGGAGCUCCCUGCUGUGUCUGGCCUCAGCCAUGUUUCCUCCUCUGGUCCAGUUCUCCUGGAAAAGACAGAAGGAGGACGGCUCUCUGGAGGAGCUGCUCCCUGCUGAGGGACAGUUCAGAGGGUCCAGACAAUCCGCCGUCAUUAGAGUGGUUGAUGGUGAUGCUCUCAGCAGAUAUAAAUACAUCUGCUACGUCAAGCAUGAGGGGGGAACAGUGGAGGCCCAAACACAACAAGAGGUUCCUGCUUCCUCUCCACCUGCUUCUCCUCCACCAGUUUAUGAAACAACUCCUCCACUUCAGAAAGAAGAAAUAUUUCCACCAUCCGAUCCAGCUGCAACCUCUGUUCCUGUUCUCCACCCUGUGAAGCUGUCAGUGUCCUUCCAGUCUGAGUUGAGGGUGAAGCUGCUCUUGCUGCGGUCCACAGUGCUGAUAGUGAAGAGUCUGGUGUACUGCUGUGGACUCUCUCUGCUAAUGAUCCUCAGAAACAAGGGACCGUCCACCAACUGCACAUAUGCUGACUGACUGUUUUCUGCUGGACUUUUCUCUCCAUCAAAUCUCAUCAAUUCAUCUCAUUCAUCACUUUGAUCAGGAUUCACAAAUGUUAGUUAUGACAUGUUGUAGUUGCUUUAAAAUUUCUCUUUUUAUGCCGAUUUUACAGUUAUUUUCAGAAUUUACAUCCAUUUAUUAAGGUUUAUAUUUGCUAUCAUGAAGUGUAAAUUCUGAAGGAAAGCUUGAUCUUGACAUACUUUCUGUCUUUUACAUGUCUGAUCAUUUUUAGUUUUUCUUCCAGUUUUCUGUUUUUUAUAUUGCACAGUUUUUUGUAAUAAAGAGAUUUUUUUUAGAAGAAAAGUAAGAUUUUUUUUAUAUUAAA